AUGACAACAACAUCUGCCUCGCGAGACCUGGAAUUGAUUCCAUUGCGUCCAAACACCUUACGUACCAAAGUGAACGAAGAUGAUGAUGUAGAUUCAUACUAUCUGGCCAUAGGUGUCGCCUUCUUGCUGGGGCUCAUCUUGAUUGUAUUGGGUGUCUGCUUUAUGUUAGGUGCUAUCUCACUAAUGAGCCGCGAUAUCGACCCCUCUAUGGGCUGGUCCACUGCACUUCUGACUGGGACUUGUGUGGGUAUCAUAGCUGUUGUCGGUGUUUUCUUCCUGGCUGUGGGCAUUAUCACUCUUGGAAUAAGUGUCGGUGCCUUGUAUUCUUCUUGUUGCAGACGAGGAAGUAAGGCGGCAGGGUAUCAGUAUGUUUGA